GUCUCGCGCAUUCUUCCUACGUGUCGCGCUCACUUCACAGCCAUUCAGAGUAUUUCCCCAGAUUCCAAAACCAUUCGUCACAAUGGCCGCUACCCUUUCAUCCUCUGCAUCCGCCGCUCUUCGCUCCCUCUCUGUCCCUGAGGGCAGCAGCCUUUCCACUUCCUCCCGCGCGACAAUCCCUGGGUUUUCCGGCCUCAAGGCCCAAAGCGGACUUUCUGCCUCUACCGGAAGUCAAACAUGCACAUGCGUGUCAUGCGGCCGAACCUGCGCCUGCCCAUGCGCGAAAUGCGGUAACCGUCGCACAAGCAUCGUCGCCAUGGCCAGUGCAGACAGCCAAUUCGCCAGCGUUUCGCAAUCCACCGCCGCCCCCGCCGCUCCCGGCGCUAACGCCCUCCUCCCCGCCAUCGUCGGCGCCGGCGCUCUCGGCGCCGCGACCUACGUCGCCGUGAAGAAGCUCACCGCGUCUCCCGCCGCCGCUCCCGCCGCACCCGCCGCCGCCGCUCCCGCCGCGUCCAACGCGCCGCCCAGCGGCAUCGUCCCGCGCGCGAAGCACGCGGCGUCCUCGGCUCUAGCGACGAUGGCGGCGACUUUCCCGGCGGCGAUGCAGGAGGAGGCGUUUCUGAAGGCGGUGGCGGUGGAGCUGGCGAAGCUGGGGUUCCGCAAGGACAACGGCAUCGCGCUGGUGAACACGUGUCGUGACGAGGUGUGCCGGCCCGUGGUGAGCAUCAUCGACCGCGAGUUCGGGCUGAGCUUCAACAUCUCCGGGCUGGGCGGGCUCGUCAACUGCGGCAAGGUCGGCUUCAAAGCCGCCAUGAGCCACUCGCCCGAGUUCCCCUGCGACGUCGACGGCAACCUCAAGGAGCGAUACAUCUUCUUCGCGUUCCCCCACGUGUCCAUCGGCGAGUCGGGUGAGGUGGGGUCGCUGCUGCGUCGCGGUCGCGGCAAGCCGUCGAGCGCAUGCGGAGCGUUGAUCGCCAUCAACAACGACAUCAACGGCGGAGCGGCGCCCAGCAUGGACAGCGACGACCCCGAGUACACGCUGCUGCGCAAAAAGAUCAUGACCAAGGUGUCGAAGUCCCCUGGAGCUGAUCUGUCUCUCGUGCAGGUGACGAAGGCGGCGCUGGCGGCGAUCAACGAGGACCUGGAGAAGCUCAUCUCGCUGACGGUGGACCCGGCGACGGCGGACUACGCGGUGAUCACGGGCGUGCAGAUCCACUCGGGCGACCAGAUCCCCGGCCAGCCCUUCCGCAUCGAGCGCACGUGCGACUACAUCGCGCCCGACCAGAUGUACGCCGUGGUGCGCGGGCAGAAGUACGCGCUGCAGGUGCAGACGCCCAAGUCGCAGGGUGUCGCCGCGAUGGUCUAAAGUUGUAGCCUCUUCGAGUCUCUGAGACGGUCUUGAGUUCUAACCUGUGCAGUUUGCGAUACCCAAAAGGGUACUUGUUUUUCGCUUCCGUGAAGCGUUUGAUCAGGUUUGCUUUGAUUCAGGUUUGUAAGUAUGUACUCUUAUUGCAGUAAUGUCAUCAAUCGUUAGCAGCGGCAGCCAGGCAAAACAGCUAGCAGACGCACGUAGGUCCUACAAGCUAGACUGCAGCUGGUUGAAAUGGUGGUGUGUCCCCUGCAUUGGUGGCGUGGGCCCGUCGCACAACGCCAGCCAUGAAAUUGAAGGUGUAUGCCAUAGGAGACACCACCUCAGCCAGUGGCUGCUAGGAGCUGUGGUGUUGACUACGGAGCACUCGCUGCUGUGUGCUUGCUGGUAUGCUGAUGUAAGCUGGUAUGAAUGUCAUCUGGAAGGAAGGUUGUAAAGACGGUGAAGUCACAAGCGCGGAAAGGUUGCGCGAAUGGUGACACCAGU